ACACCAGGAGCCUCCUCGUGGAGGGGGGGAGCGGAGGAAAGGGGUAGCUCCGCCACCUCUGCUGGCGGCGGCGGCGGCGAAAGAAGAAGAAAGUCAGGGCCCGUACCUACCGCCACAGACUCAGAAACGCCCCCGCCCCCAUCUCCCCGGAAAUAGCCCCCCGCCCAGCCCCGCACAGUCGCUGCCCCAACCGAGAGCCGCAGCCCGGUCGCCCCCGCCUCGCCCCGCCCCGCUGCCCAGCCCCGCGGGCCGCAGAGUGCGCGAGGCCCUAGGCCGGGAGUUGUUGUCAGGCCCAGGCCACUUCCGAGGCGCCUGCGGUGUGUCGCCGCCACCACAGGAGGACGACGUCGACGCCGAGGAGGAGGCGGUGGAGGCGUGUUGUUGUCUCGCGCACUCCCCUCCCCUGAACUUGCACCCAACGUCAGGGCGCGAUGGAGUGAAGCGGCGACGAAGGUGGUACUUCCGCGUUGCGCUGCCCGAGCCGAGAGCGCGGCCAAGGCCGCUCCCCCACCCCCGGGGGCACUUGGAGGACUCGGGACUCCCCCGCAGGUCAGCGCCCGGCGCAUCUGGUGUUUUCGCUGCCGAGGAUAGGACGACAAGCGCAAUCGGGAGCUCCGCCGCCCGGAUUCCUGCUUCCCUGAGGCCCGGAGGCUGCUGCGUACCCCACUGUGACCUGGAACCCAGGGACCCGAGUCCCGACCCGGAUUAUCGUGGCGCGUCUCCCGGCCGGCCCUGGUGCUCGGUGUCCGUCCGCCGCCGCUCCCGUUUCCGGCGGGGGAGAUGGCCAGGAUCUGACCCGGGAGGAGGCCGCACCCGCGCCGCGCUCUGCGGCGGGCUCUAGGCGAUGCCGAGCAGCUCGGACACGGCGCUGGGGGGAGGCGGGGGCCUGAGCUGGGCGGAGAAGAAGUUGGAGGAACGCCGCAAGCGGAGGCGAUUCCUGUCCCCUCAGCAGCCGCCGCUGCUGUUGCCGCUCCUGCAGCCGCAGCUCCUGCAACCGCCGCCGCCCCCGCCGCCUCUGCUCUUCCUGGCUGCUCCCGGCACGGCCGCCGCCGCAGCCGCCGCCGCCGCGGCCUCCUCCUCUUGCUUCAGCCCGGGCCCCCCUCUGGAGGUCAAGCGGCUGGCGAGAGGCAAGAGGCGCGCAGGAGGGCGGCAGAAGCGGCGUCGCGGACCCCGCGCCGGGCAGGAGGCGGAGAAGCGUCGGGUCUUCUCGCUGCCCCAGCCGCAGCAGGACGGCGGUGGCGGUGCUAGUAGCGGCGGGGGUGUGACCCCGCUGGUGGAAUACGAGGAUGUGAGCUCCCAGUCCGAGCAGGGGCUGCUGCUGGGGGGGGCCAGCGCGGCAACGGCGGCGACGGCUGCCGGGGGAACGGGGGGCAGCGGCGGGAGUCCGGCCUCCUCCUCCGGCACCCAGCGGCGCGGGGAGGGGUCGGAGCGCAGGCCCCGCCGGGACCGCCGCAGCAGCAGUGGCCGCAGCAAGGAGCGCCACCGCGAGCACCGGCGGCGGGAUGGGCAGCGCGGUGGCAGCGAGGCCUCCAAGUCCCGCAGCCGCCACAGCCACAGCGGCGAGGAACGGGCCGAGGUCGCCAAGAGCGGCAGCAGCAGCAGCGGCGGCGGCCGCCGGAAAAGCGCUUCGGCCACAUCCAGCAGCAGUAGCAGCCGCAAGGACCGGGACUCGAAGGCCCACCGCAGCCGGACUAAGUCGUCCAAGGAGCCGCCUUCGGCCUACAAGGAACCGCCCAAGGCCUACCGGGAGGACAAGACCGAGCCUAAGGCCUACAGGCGGCGGCGGUCCCUCAGCCCGCUGGGAGGCCGGGACGACAGCCCGGUGUCCCACAGGGCCUCUCAGAGCCUGAGGAGCCGCAAGUCCCCCAGCCCGGCAGGAGGUGGCAGCAGCCCCUAUUCUCGGCGGCUGCCGCGCUCCCCGAGCCCCUACAGCCGCCGCCGCUCCCCCAGCUACAGCCGCCACAGCUCCUACGAGCGGGGCGGCGACGUGUCCCCUAGUCCCUACAGCAGCAGCAGCUGGCGCCGCUCUCGCAGUCCCUACAGCCCUGUGCUCAGACGGUCUGGAAAAUCCCGAAGCAGAAGCCCGUAUUCAUCUAGGCAUUCAAGAUCUCGUAGCAGGCACAGAUUGUCUAGAUCCAGAAGUCGUCAUUCUAGUAUUUCUCCUAGCACACUAACUCUGAAGAGUAGCCUGGCAGCUGAAUUGAACAAGAAUAAAAAAGCACGAGCAGCAGAGGCAGCAAGAGCCGCAGAAGCAGCGAAAGCUGCAGAAGCAACUAAGGCUGCUGAGGCUGCUGCCAAGGCUGCAAAAGCUUCAAACACUUCUACACCUACCAAGGGGAACACGGAAACUAGUGCCAGUGCAUCACAAACAAACCAUGUGAAGGAUGUGAAGAAAAUUAAAAUUGAACAUGCACCUUCUCCCUCAAGUGGUGGAACUUUAAAAAAUGACAAAGCAAAAACAAAGCCACCUCUUCAGGUAACGAAGGUGGAAAAUAAUUUGAUUGUAGAUAAAGCCACCAAGAAAGCAGUCAUAGUUGGAAAGGAGAGUAAAUCUGCUGCUACAAAGGAGGAAUCAGUAUCUCUUAAAGAGAAAACCAAACCACUUACACCAAGCAUAGGAGCCAAGGAGAAGGAGCAACAUGUAGCUUUAGUCACCUCUACAUUACCACCGUUACCUUUGCCUCCCAUGCUGCCUGAAGAUAAAGAAGCUGAUAGCUUACGAGGAAAUAUUUCAGUAAAAGCAGUUAAAAAAGAAGUAGAAAAGAAACUCCGAUGUCUUCUUGCUGAUUUACCGCUGCCCCCUGAGCUACCAGGAGGAGAUGAUCUUUCAAAGAGUCCAGAGGAAAAGAAAACAGCAACACAGUUACAUAGUAAAAGGAGGCCUAAAAUAUGUGGGCCUCGCUAUGGUGAAAUCAAAGAAAAAGAUAUUGACUGGGGAAAACGCUGCGUGGAUAAAUUUGAUAUCAUCGGAAUUAUUGGAGAAGGUACUUACGGACAAGUUUACAAAGCCAGGGAUAAAGACACUGGAGAAAUGGUAGCCUUAAAAAAAGUACGUCUGGAUAAUGAAAAGGAAGGCUUUCCAAUUACAGCAAUUCGAGAAAUUAAAAUUCUCCGGCAGCUUACCCAUCAGAGUAUUAUCAAUAUGAAGGAAAUAGUGACUGAUAAAGAAGAUGCUUUGGAUUUCAAGAAGGACAAAGGUGCAUUUUAUCUGGUGUUUGAAUAUAUGGACCAUGAUCUGAUGGGACUACUGGAAUCAGGCUUGGUUCAUUUUAAUGAAAAUCACAUAAAGUCAUUUAUGAGACAGCUCAUGGAGGGUCUGGAUUAUUGUCAUAAGAAGAACUUUUUGCAUAGAGAUAUUAAAUGUUCCAAUAUCCUUCUAAAUAAUAGAGGGCAGAUAAAACUUGCAGACUUUGGACUUGCUCGAUUGUAUAGCUCAGAAGAAAGUCGGCCGUAUACUAACAAGGUAAUUACUUUAUGGUACCGUCCACCUGAACUGCUACUGGGAGAAGAACGAUACACACCAGCCAUUGAUGUUUGGAGCUGUGGCUGUAUCCUUGGCGAACUCUUCACUAAAAAACCUAUAUUUCAAGCAAAUCAGGAACUUGCACAACUAGAAUUAAUAAGCCGAAUAUGUGGGAGUCCAUGUCCUGCAGUGUGGCCUGAUGUAAUCAAACUACCAUAUUUCAACACCAUGAAACCAAAGAAGCAAUAUCGUCGAAAGUUAAGAGAAGAAUUUGUUUUUAUUCCUGCAGCUGCGCUAGACUUAUUUGAUUACAUGCUCGCCUUGGAUCCUAGUAAGCGCUGCACUGCUGAACAGGCUCUUCAGUGCGAGUUCCUCCGAGAUGUGGAACCCUCAAAAAUGCCUCCACCAGAUCUCCCUUUAUGGCAAGAUUGUCAUGAGUUAUGGAGUAAAAAGCGAAGAAGACAGAAGCAGAUGGGCAUGACUGAUGAUGUUUCCACAAUUAAAGCCCCCAGGAAGGACUUGUCUCUGGGCUUGGAUGACAGCAGAACCAACACACCCCAGGGUGUGCUGCCAUCUUCACAGCUGAAAUCUCAGGGCAGCUCAAAUGUGGCACCUGUAAAAACAGGCCCUGGACAGCACUUAAACCACAGUGAAUUGGCAAUUCUACUAAACCUACUACAAUCUAAAACAAGUGUUAAUAUGGCUGAUUUUGUCCAAGUGUUGAACAUUAAGGUAAACUCUGAGACUCAACAGCAGCUAAAUAAAAUAAACCUUCCUGCUGGAAUUUUGGCAACAGGUGAAAAACAGACAGAUCCAUCAACACCACAACAGGAGUCUUCGAAACCGUUGGGAGGAAUUCAGCCUUCUUCUCAGACCAUCCAGCCUAAAGUGGAGACUGAUGCUGCCCAGGCGGCUGUGCAGAGUGCAUUUGCAGUUCUGUUGACUCAGUUAAUAAAGGCUCAGCAGUCAAAGCAGAAAGAUGUGCUACUAGAAGAGAGGGAAAAUGGAUCGGGACAUGAAGUGUCAUUACAACUCAGGCCACCUCCAGAACCUAGCACUCCGGUGUCGGGACAAGAUGACCUCAUCCAGCAUCAAGAUAUGAGGAUCUUGGAGCUAACGCCAGAACCAGACCGGCCUCGAAUUCUGCCUCCUGACCAACGACCUCCCGAGCCUCCUGAACCACCACCAGUCACUGAGGAAGAUCUAGAUUACCGGACAGAAAACCAGCAUGUACCCACCACCAGUUCUUCAUUAACUGACCCUCAUGCCGGAGUGAAGGCAGCCCUGUUACAGCUGCUUGCUCAGCAUCAGCCCCAGGAUGACCCCAAAAGAGAAGGUGGGAUUGAUUAUCAAGCAGGAGACACUUAUGUGUCCACUUCAGACUACAAGGACAACUUUGGAUCCUCUUCUUUCUCUUCUGCUCCUUACGUUAGCAAUGAUGGUCUAGGAAGCAGUUCUGCUCCACCACUAGAACGACGUAGUUUCAUUGGAAAUUCAGAUAUUCAGUCUUUGGAUAACUACAGUACUGCUUCAUCUCAUUCUGGUGGUCCACCUCAGCCUUCUGCCUUUUCUGAGUCAUUUCCCAGUUCAGUAGCUGGAUAUGGAGACAUUUACCUCAAUGCUGGUCCCAUGUUGUUUAGUGGAGACAAGGACCAUAGAUUUGAAUAUAGCCAUGGUCCUAUUGCAGUCCUGGCAAACAGCAGUGACCCUUCCACGGGGCCAGAGAGUACUCAUCCUUUGCCAGCAAAGAUGCACAACUAUAACUAUGGUGGUAACUUACAGGAAAAUCCGAGUGGCCCCAGCCUCAUGCAUGGACAGACCUGGACUUCUCCUGCCCAAGGACCUGGAUAUUCACAAGGAUACAGGGGACAUAUUAGCACAUCAACUGGCAGAGGCAGAGGCAGAGGGUUACCAUACUGAGUAUCUGUUUUUCCUCAGGCACAUCAUUUUUAUCUGGAAAGACUUUUCUAGCUGCAAUUUAAGGCAGCAAUCCAAGAGACUUGAAUAAUAAUAAUUCAACAACAGCUUUAUUUUUAUGUGGAGAAGGGUCUUGCAUACAAUAGUUUAAAAAAGACAAAAAAAACCUUUGCUUAAAUUCAUGCUGUUCUAAAAACUAGAUCUAUCGAUUGUACAUCUUCACAAAUUCUAGUUAACAAUUUUAUUUUGUAUUCUUGCAGUUUUAAGUGGAUGCUAAUUUUAGGGACAUAAGCCUUUUAUGGCCCUCUUGCAGAUCUUCUGAACUAUGCACAUUUGUGCUUUUUUUGUAAGUUUGGACCAACUUUUAUGUAACAAACAGCCCCUCCCCACCUCCAGUUUUACAACAAUCAGAAAGAGCACUGAUUUAUUUGGUAUUUUUCUUUUUACAAAGCUACCUUUAGUCAAAGGUCACUGUCAGUCUUUGCACCUGCUUUCAGUGUUAUUGUGAAAGGUGUACUUUGUGCUCAUUUCAGAAAAUAAAACACAACCUUUCUCUUGAUGCAACAGUUUUAUAAAAAAAAAAUGGUCAACGUUAUUUUUGUUUUGUUUUGCAGAUUAUCAUAGCCUAGCAAAAUGCAUUUAAAUGAAAUAGUGGGUUUUAUAUGAAAACUAUGGGUGGGGUGGGGAGGGAAAGUAAGUGCCUUAACAGGUAAGCUUAAGGUCUGAAAAAAAUAGUUAACUUUUACCCCCAUUUGUCUUUUAAAGGGAAUCAAUGCAUUAAAAAGGCAAGAAACUCUGAAGUUUCAGGGGCUGCCUGUUCAGUUCCUGUUAGGUCCAUUCCCUCUGCUUGUCACACUUUCUCCUUUUCUGCCUGUCUUUGGGCUGUGUUGCCUUUCACUACCACCUUCUCUUGAUAGGGGAGUGAGAGCAAAGAAAGGGAGUAGAACUGCAAUCAGUACAUAUUGUUUGAGAAGUUCUAAAAAGUUUUGUCAUUUAAAUGGUUGAAAGUAAUAGCUCCAGGAGAAUUUUAGAGUACCAUUUUCUUUCAGGCUGCCAUAUUAUCCCUGUUUCCAUUUGCCAUGAAUAAUUGGAGGGCCAUGGUAUAGAAGCAAGAGUUAAUAACAGAACUUGCCUAAAUGUGUUAAAGUUCAUGGGGGAGGGGUGGCAAAUACCGUAUUUUAAGUUAUGCAAUUGCCCUUUUAAGAAAGUCAAUUCUAUUCACUUGUUAACUAGAAACAUUGCCUAGAUUGAAUUUAUUGAAGCAAAAAGAAAAGGCAAUGAGAGAGAACUUUUAUCUUCCUUCCUUUCACCUUCUGUAAAGUUGAUUAUGACUUCUGCCAGACUUAGAGCAACAACUUUAGUUCAUUUUAACAUUUUUUUUAAUGAAGAGCAUCAAAGAAUGGAGUAGUCCUUAUUUAAACUAUAAUGGUGUCAAGUCUCACUGUGUGCACACUCUCACACAUACACACACAAUUAUAAUAAUUCUAGAAAGGAACCAAAGGUAAAUAACCAGUGUUUCCAUUAUCACUAAAUGGAAAAACUGACUGGAAGUUAGAGUUGUGCCAAUUAAUCAUUUUGUUCAUCAACUGUUCUGGUAACUUAUUUUUUUUUAUUGGAAUCUUAAAUUGGAACAACUGUUACAGAAUGUAUAUUGCUCCAGUUCUAAAGCCAGUUAACCCUGUGCCCUCUAACUUAUGAACCUUCAUUUCAAAACAGUAUGUGGGAAGCCCUGUAGUUUGAUAAGAGUAAAAUUAUUUUAAAGAGGAUAAUUUACCAUUUUACUACUAUAAAAUAAGUUGAUAUCAGUUGACCAUUUUAUUUUUUGAUGGACUCUUUGUUGGGAGAAAGAAAUGAAUGGAAGAAAAAAUAGUUUGCUUUUAUUUGAAUAUUGAUUACUAACAACUUAUAAACUACAUUGCAGGAAAUGAAGAAAUAUUUUGAAAUUAGCAAAAUAGCAACAGUAUUCAAGUAUCUGAAAUUUUAAUAUGGUGAGUCUUAGAGCUUUAGACUUUCCUAUAAGUGACAGUAUCUAAGUUAUUCUUAAUAGUCACACUUGAUAAUUCUGCUGACCAUAAGCAGCUAACCUACAGUUGAAGAUAUUUAUGUGACAUGAAUAGCCUGUGUUUUAAAAAUUAAAUAUUUUAUAUAAAAUUGAA